AUGUAUUUGCUUUCAUUCCAUUUUUUCAUUCUCUUUUCCGCUCUAAUUUCUCAUUCUCCCUCUCCCUCUCUCUCUUUCUCCCUCUCUCUCUUUCUCCCUCUCCCUCCUUUUCCCUCUCUUUCUCUUUCACUCUCUAAUUUCUCCUUCUCCCUCUCUCUCUUCCUCCCUCUCCCUUUCUCUCUCUCUUUCUCCCUCUCUAUUCCUCCCUCUCCUUCCCUCUCUCUUUCUCCCUCUCCCUCCCUUUCUCUUGUACUCUUUAAUUUCUCAUUCUCCUUCUCCCUCUCUUCCUCCCUCUCCCUUUCUCUCUCUAUUUCUCCCUCUUCCUCCCUCUCUCUUUCUCUGUCUCCCUCUUCCUCUCUUCCUCCCUCUCCCUCUCUUUCUCUUGCACUCUCUAAUUUCUCAUUCUCUCUCUUCCUCCCUCUCCCUUUCUCCCUCUCUUUCUCCUGCCAUCUCCCUCUCUCUUUCUCCCUCUUCAUCCCUCUCCCUCUCCCUUCUUCCCUCUCCCUCUCUUUCUCUUGCAAUCUUUAA